GGACUGGAGACAGGCUAUAUUACCUACAGCUGACGCAAGGAAGCAGAGGAGAUAAUAUAAGAAACUUACAGAAGACAGAAUAUUAAGUCACAAAAAGGCACCUCGUACAAAGAAGGCCAUUUCUGACACAUCUGAAGUGCAUGAAAGCGAAAAGCAGGUAUGAACCAUGCUGGAAAUAGUGCCUCCAAGAAUCACAACUCAGAAAACAGAAGCCAUUAUGAGACACCAGCACUCUCUGAAUUGCAAAAGCUGAUAUGGAGAAGAGGAGGAUCUGACAACCACGUGGACCAAGUGUGGCCAAAUCUCUACCUUGGAGAUGCAUGGGCAGCUAGAAGCAAAGCCAUUCUUCAGAACCUUGGCAUUACCCACAUCCUCAACGCAGCAGACGGGCCGUACAACAUCAACACAGGAGCUCGAUAUUACAGAGACCUCCCGAUAGAGUACUAUGGGGUACAAGCAUUUGAUGACACUUCAUUUGAUAUAAGCAUUUUCUUCCACGAUGCAGCCAAUUUCAUACACAAAGCCUUAAAGACUGGAGGAGGAAAGGUAUUUAUCCAUUGUGCUAUGGGGUUAAGCCGCUCAGCCACCUUAGUCCUGGCGUAUCUGAUGAUCCAUGAAAACUUGACACUUGUGGAGGCCUUGAAAUCAGUGGAUUCACACAGAGGGAUCUGCCCAAAUACAGGGUUCCUCAUCCAGCUCCAAGCCCUGGAUAUCAAAUUAAAUAGUGAGAAGAAAGGUGUCUUGGCACUCUGAGAAAAAAGUAGUGGAGCAACACUGCAAAGACAGGGGAUGCUCCAGCACCAAUACUACUUUUGGAACGAUAAUUCAAAAGAGAAAAAUGUUAAUUUUACUCCAGCAGGCUAGGUGGUUGGAGUCCUCCACCUAUAUGUGCUGUUUAUUCUUACCAUUACAUUUGAUGCAUGGUGGCUCACAUCUAGGUUACACCAUUGGUCUUCAGUUAGUGGGUCAUGACCCAGAUCUGGAGUUUGCCUGACCUGAGAUGUAUCACACUGGUUGAAGAACGUAUAAAGAAGAGCCCCGCUGGAUCAAACCAAAGGCCCAUCUAGUCCAGCAUUCUGGUCUCAUAGCAGCUCACCAGAUGCUUAUGGGAAGUCCAUAAGUAAGGCAUGAGCUCAAUAGCCCUCUCCUACACAUGAUCCCAGUGAUGUGGCAUAUGCCACCAUUAGAGCAAGGCCUGAUGCACACAUCCGCCCAAGCUGCUGUUAUCUCUGGCAGUGGCCAUUUUGAAGGACAGAGAAUGUGUAAAAAGUUGCAGCUUAAGCUGUUUCCCCGAAAGGGCUGAUGUAUUCACUUGUAUGGUCUGAGGGGGUGGCUGUAUCUGAUUGCCUCUCCUACUGUUGCUAGGGCUAUGUCGUAUGUAGGGCAAUAAAAGGCUUGACCUAACGGCUGUGCAGGAGUUAG